AGUAUAAAAUAAAUGGUGAAGAGAUGUAUGGCGUUUUUGACUAUUUGUUAAAUUGUUCAGACUAUCCAAUUAUGAAUAAAGAUACCACUCCUUGCAGAAGUUUGAAGAACCAUAUCAACACAGCCUUUCUAGUCACAGUCUAUUCUUUUGUAUUUUUCUUGAGUCUUUUAGGAAAUGCUGUUGUUGUUUUCGUUAUAGCUUCCAUGGACCGUCAAAAAUCCUCCACUGACUGUUACCUUCUGAAUCUGGCAGUCACAGACCUUAUUUUUUCCUUGACUCUUCCCAUUUGGAUUGCAUAUGUGAAAGAUGAAUGGAUUUUUGGUGAAGCUAUGUGCAAAAUUAUUACUUUUAUGCAAGAACUUAACUUUUACAGUGGAAUCUUACUCCUGGCUUGCAUCAGUGUGGACAGAUACCUUGCCAUUGUGCACGCCACAAGUGCAAUCACUCAGAAGCGCCACCUAGUGAAGUUUGUUUGUGUCGGAGUUUGGCUAUCGGCUGUUUUACUUUCUCUCCCACUUGCGGUCUACUUUAAAGACUUUAAGUUUAAAGCAGAUUCAAUUGAAUUCAAAGCUUGUAAAGAGCAUAUAGGCUCAGAAGGAAUGGAGACUUGGCGGAUAAUCAUCCGUUUCUUUCGGCACACAAUUGGAUUUUUCAUUCCUCUAGCAGUUAUGAUCUUCUGUUAUGGUUUCACCAUUAAAACUCUCUUUCAGACCAAAAAUGGCCAGAAGCAAAAGGCAAUGAAGGUAAUCUUUGCUGUAGUAUUGGCAUUUAUCUUCUGUUGGCUACCACACAACGUUGCAAUGUUUGUAGACACUCUGUUGAGGGCUCACAUCUUGAAUGAGACUUGUGAAGUCCGGUUUGAGCUUGGCAAGACCAUGGACAGUACAGAGUUCAUUGCCUUUACACACUGCUGCAUCAACCCCAUUUUAUAUGCCUUCAUUGGGCAAAAGUUUCGCAGCACCUUCCUCAGAAUUUUGUUUAAAAAUGGACUGAUCAGCAAAAGAGUCUUGUUAGUUUAUGGAAGAAGUUCAUCUUACCUUUCAAGCUCUGGAAACUCAUCUGUCACAUUGUAGGACAAUGUUAGGACGCCUUCUUUGUAUUCAUGGUGCAUACCACAAGGACCUUUUUUCCUCUUCAAUGAGUUUAUUUUUUUAAACACAUUUCUUUUAUAAUGUUGCUUUUGGGUGUGUACAUUAAUGCUUUAGUAGUAAUCUAGUCCAUGUAUUCACAUGGUGAAAUAACUGUUUUGAUUGUAUUUGGCUUCCAUUAUUUAAAAUCUGUAAUGACAAUAAUCCUUUUUUGAAAGCUGUUAGAUAUAGCAAGAAAUGCAAGGAGUGAUAUACAUUUGCACAAUAUCUAGCUUUAUUAUAUAAACAGAAGGUUAGAGUUUUAUGAUGAAGUAGUGAUCAGUUAUAUUGCCUCAAAGAUUCAGCAUUCUGGCCUUGAAUUCCAUGCCUAGUCAUGUGUAAGUGAAGUCUGCAUUCUUCCCCCCAUACAUGCAGUGGGUUUAUCUCUGGGUACCCCCAGUCUUCUUUUCACAACCCUUUGCUGUACACUCUGCAUGUGUCUAUGUGUGUGAGCUUUGUAAUGGACUGGUGCCACAUCCAGGGCUGGUUUCUAUCAUGAUUUCAAUGCUAAUGGGAAAGCCAGAUCCCUUGUGACUCUGAGCUGGGUUAAUUAGGUUUUCAAAUAUUACCUAAAGUUAUGUAACUUUAGAAUUAGCUGGAAAAGAAGAAGUGAAAUCUGUCAACUAGUAUUAGGCAAGAAGGUAAGCACCAAUGUGGUUAACUGUGAUAUGCUAUCAAUAAACACAUUCUUUAAAAAAGUGCCUUUGGAAAAUUUGAUCUCAAAUACCACCAUAGUUAUAUCAUUGAUAACUUGAUUCCUAACCUCUAGAAAUAAAGACUUGUAUUAAAUAAUUUAAAAUAUUAAUUUACCAAAAAUAAUAAACUGCAUUUUUAAUUCAAGCUAACAUAAAGAUGUCUACUACAGAGAUGCACAUAAAAAGGGAUAAAAAACACAAAUACGUUUAUAUUAUAUU